AUGAAUCGCACUGAGGGCUUGGUGCAACGCAAGCACGUUGUUAAAGAAAAUUCUGAUGGUUCUCUAAAGGAAAAUCAGGAAUCGGAUGAUAAGAAAAAUGAUAAAAUUUUUGAUGACGGAGAUUCAAAGGAAACACGAUUAACGUUAAUGGAAGAAGUUUUACUAUUAGGAUUAAAGGAUAAAGAGGGUUACACAUCGUUUUGGAAUGAUUGUAUUUCUAGUGGUUUAAGAGGUUGCAUUUUGAUUGAAUUGGGUCUAAGAGGCCGUAUAGAGCUGGAAAGAGCUGGCAUGAGGCGAAAAGGUUUACUUUCAAGAAAAGUUAUUGUGAAACAUGAUACACCUACUGGUGACGUACUGUUAGAUGAAGCCCUAAAACAUAUGAAGGAUACCGACCCUCCAGAAACAGUUCAAAGCUGGAUUGAAUAUCUCAGUGGUGAAACUUGGAAUCCGAUGAAACUCAAAUACCAAUUGAAGAAUGUUAGGGAGAGGCUUGCCAAAAACCUAGUUGAAAAAGGAGUAUUGACAACGGAAAAACAGAACUUCCUAUUAUUUGACAUGACUACCCACCCAUUGACAGAUAAUGUGAUCAAAUGUCGCUUAGUUAAAAAGGUACAAGAAGCCGCCUUGCGCCGCUCGAUAACGGACGUGGCGCACGCAGAUAAGCGGUCCCUAGCGCUGCUGAUGCUCGCACAUUCCGCCGACGUCCUCGAGAACGCCUUCGCCCCCCUCUCUGACGAGGACUACGAGCUGGCGACGCGGCGCGUGCGCGCCCUCCUCGACCUGGACUUUGAGGCCGAAGCCAUGCGUCCCGACGCGUGCGAUAUCAUGUGGGCGGUGUUCGCCGCUUUCACGAAAUAG